UUUUCUAUUGUCCAAUGUUUUCUCCUUUUCGCUCUUCUAUUGUAAACCAGUUUUUCUGAGAGAGAAAGAAACUAAUCUUUGAAUUUGAAAGAGACACCAUUACUAGGGGAAGUUACUAAUAAUGAGGGAGGAGUGAGUCAGUUAUGUUCCUAAACAUGGAGAACUUCGUCAGUUAAAUAUGUUGUUAAAUGAACAACAUUUUCAAAAGUAAUUCCUUUCGUUUUUAUGAAAGAAAUGGUUGUGAGUGGCAUGUGAUCUAGCAAUAGUAGACGUAGAGAAAACACAAAAUCAUCCAAACAUCAGAGAAGAAGAAGACCAUUGAAAUGCUAAUUGAGGGCGGAGAUGGACGACAUGAUCCCUUUGAAACUCGACUUUGUAUGGUGCUAUUCGACAGAGGAAGCUUCAAAAGAACAAUGCAGGCAGCAAGGGAAGGAGAGAGUAAUGGCGACAAUAUCCGAGAAAUUUUCGGCUGAUUUUGCGAUGGGUGGGGUUGCCGCGAUUGUGGCCAAAACUGCAGCCGCACCCAUUGAAAGGGUCAAGCUUUUGUUGCAGAAUCAGGGGGAGUUGUUAAAGAGAGGUCAUCUCAAGAACCCAUAUCUGGGCAUUCAUGAUUGUUUCAGAAGAGUUUUGAAAGAAGAAGGGAUAUUGUCGCUUUGGAGGGGAAAUCAGGCCAACGUUAUUCGAUAUUUCCCAACUCAGGCUUUCAACUUUGCGUUCAAAGGUUACUUCAAAACCAAAUUUGGGCGCUCAAAAGAGAAGGAUGGAUACAUGAAGUGGUUUGCUGGAAAUGUUGCUUCAGGAAGUGCUGCAGGAGCAUCUACAUCUUUGUUUCUGUAUCAUUUGGAUUAUGCACGUACUCGACUAGGCACAGAUGCAAAGGACUGUGGCAGUAAGAGGGUGCCCCAGUUUAAAGGGCUGCUCGAUGUCUACACAAAAACCUUGUCUACUGAUGGGAUUGUUGGUCUAUACCGAGGAUUUAGCGUUUCGAUUGUGGGGAUUACGCUGUACAGAGGCAUGUAUUUUGGGAUUUACGACACCUUGAAGCCUCUGGUUUUGGUUGGAAAUUUUGAGGGUAACUUUGUUGCUAGUUUCUUAUUGGGGUGGAGCAUCACAACCUGUUCUGGGUUAUUAGCAUAUCCUUUCGACACACUGCGACGAAGAAUGAUGCUUACCUCCGGACAAACCUUGAAGUACCGUAGCGCUCUUCAUGCAUUCUCAGAGAUCAUUCGCCUCGAGGGUUUUCCUUCUCUUUUUCGAGGAGUCAGUGCCAAUAUGCUUGCUGGUAUUGCAGGGGCUGGUGUUCUUGCUGGUUAUGAUCAACUGCACGAAGUUGCGUGUAGACACGGUUACUCCUUUGGGGAACCUCAAAUAGCCUCAAAAUGAUGGAAAAUGGUACACACAACUUUUAUUUGUUGGUUGCUAUAUAAUUGCAAAUGGAAGUAUUUUACAGUUCGUGUUUCAUUAAGUUAAGAGUGAUGUAAACAGAGAUUUAGUUCAACUCCUUACCUAAGAUCUAAUAUCAUACGAUUUACCUUGAA